AUGGAUGUCGCUAUCCAAGGCGUGCGAGCCAAAACUGGACGAUCUUUGGAAGCACCGCCGCAGAGUAACGACGAAUUUCUCCAGGAUGCCGCCGCUGCGCGGGGUGUCUACGCAGGUCUCCAGAGUGAAGGCCGAGGUCUGACGUCCGAGGAGGUGCGGGAGCUAGAAGUCCACGGCAACUGGGCGACCGACUGGUCGUUGGUGCGCGUUUCGAAAGGGAGCGGUUCUAGCAAGACGACAAGCAGCAUCGGUGCCGGGCGUGUUCGCGGCUGCGUCUUCCACGGACCGGUGUUGCUGGGGGACUUCAGUGGCGAGAUCAUCCUCCCAGUAGCCGAGCAGUACUCGCAGCCAUGCGGCGUGUACAACUCCACGCUGUCCUGGAGUAUCGUCGGCGACGGAGCUCUCAUCAAGGCGGCGGCGGCCACGGCGGACAGAUCGUCGCCCGAGGCCGUGAAGGAGCACCGGCUAGCGGUCGACGCGUACGCUGAGCUCGCCAGGUGCGGAGCCACCGUGAUAGGGCCGGGGGCCGUGGUAAUGUCGUGCUCCAGGGUGGUGGACGUCUUCAUCGGUGCAAACGCCCUGCUCGAGUCGAGCGCGGUGGAGAACGCGACGAUCCUGUCGACAGCGGAGGAGCCGUCAAGGAUAACUUGCGGCUCGUCCGUGACGUCAUCGCUGCUGCAGCACGGGGUUACUGUCGACCGGGGCUGCGUCGUGAACGACAGCCUUCUCAUGGAACACAGCCACGUCGACAACCACGGCAAGCUCACGCACUCCGUGCUCGGGCCCGACAGCGGGGUGGGCGCAGGCGAGUGUCUUCACUGCCUGGUAGGACCUUUCGUGGGUUUCCACCACCAGUCUUUGCUCAUCGCGACGGUCUGGCCCCUCGGGCGGGGGAACGUGGGGUACGGGGCCAACGUGGGGUCUAACCACACCUCGCGGCAGGCGGACCAAGAAAUCUGGCCGGGAGAAGGCGUUUUCUUCGGGCUGUCCACGGUCAUCAAGUUCCCCGCUAACUACUCGGAGUCACCCUUCAGCGUCAUUGGCUCGGGCGUCACGUGUCUCCCACAGAGGGUGGCGUUCCCCUUCUGCCUCAUCAACAGCCAGGAGCAAGCGGGGCUCCCCGGCGUCUCUCCCGGCCUUAACCACCUUCGCCCCGGCUGGGUGUUGUCGGAGUCGAUGUACAUGGUCAUUCGAAGCGAGGACAAGUACCGUCGACGUGCCAAGGCCAGGCAAGAGCAUUCUCGGCGCAACCGAGUGGACUGGCCGGUUUUCCGUCCGUCCAUGAUGCGACUGAUGGCCGACGCCCGGGCGAGGCUCGUGGCGGCCGGCUUGAAUAAGAGGGAGGUUUACGUCGGAGAUCGCGGCGUGGCCGGGCUGGGCAAGAACUACAUGACCGAGGCCUCCAGGCUGGAGGGCAUCGCUACCUACACCUUGCAUCUGCGCAGAUACGCCCUCAGAGGCCUCCUCUCUCGCCUCGAAGAGCAAUCCGGCACGGACCGCUUCCUCCUCCAGGGGCCCGCCAAACCAACCUGGGGCAACGGGGACGGCAACGACGGCGGCGGGGUGUGUCGAAUGCCUCCCCCGGUGGGGAACGCCCUCGAGACGGCCCGGCUCCUGACGCUAGAGCAGCAGCAGCAACAACAACCUACCUGGUCUUCCGUGGGAGGGGAUGACGGCGGGUGGGAGCUCCAGAAGAGCUUGCUCGUGUCAGAGUUCGGGGAAGAGGAGAGGGGCUUCAUCGACCUCAUGCAGAAGCUCAUCGCGAUCGAGGCGGAAGUAGCCAAGGCGGUGGAGAUCAGCAAGGCAAAGGACGACAAGCGUGGCUCUCAGGUGAUCCCCGGGUAUGCCGACGCCCACACCCCCGCCAAGCUGGAGGUUCCCGUCAAGCUCGCCUACUCCCAGCAGGCGGAGGUGGAAGGGAAGGCGCACGGCGUCAUUAGCCGCCUUUGA